UCCAGAGCCGCUGUCCCGCCGCGCAGCUCCGCACCGGCGGCCGCUGCCCUCACCAUGAACAGAGGCUUCUCCAAGAAGAGUCACCCAUUCCUGCCCAAGCUCUUUAGGAAAAUGUCCACUCAAUCAGCCAAAGAAAGACCCGAGAGUUUGCACUUCCCCUUCCUGGAUGAUGAAGACACCAUCUCCACGCUCAAGGAGUCCAAGACCUUCUUCAUCCUCCGAGGCCUGCCCGGCAGUGGGAAGUCCACGCUGGCCCACGCUAUCCAGGACCGGUAUAAGGAUGCCUGCAGGGUGAUCUCAGUUGACAGCUAUAAAAUCACUCCUUCCAUUAGAAGCACCAUUCCCGAAGAGUAUUCCAAGGUGGACGAGGAUCUAGUUGACUAUUGCAAACGCGACAUCAGCGUUAUCGUUUUGGAUGACACCCACCACGAGAGGGAACGACUGGACCAGCUCUUUGAUAUCGCUGACAAAUACAGGUACAAAGUCAUCUUCGCCGAGCCCAAAACCCCAUGGAGACAGGAUUGCUCACAGCUGAAGGAGAAGAACCAAUGGAAACUGUCAGUGGAAGAGCUGAAGAAGAUGAAGCCGAGCCUGGAGAAGGAAUUCCUGCCCAUGUAUUUUGGGUGGUUUCUGAGCAAAAGAAGCUCGGAGAUCCUGCGCAAGGCUGGCCAGGCCUUCCUGGAUGAGCUCGCAAGUCUCAAAGCCUUCAAGAAGGAGAGUAAAUACUUUGCUUCUGCCAUCGAAGACCCCAAAAUCAAAAUCGCCCUCACCAGUUACUUUGUGAAGAGGCCGCCUGGGGUCCUGCACUGCACCACGAAGUACACCGAGUUCGGGAAGGCAGCUGGAGCCGAGGAGUAUGCGCAGCAGGAGGCUGUGAAGGCUUCGUACGGCAAAGGCUUCACCUUGUCCAUCUCUGCCCUGUUCCUCACGACAAAAACUGUGGGUGCUCGAGUGGAGCUGAGCGAGCAGCAGCUGCUGCUGUGGCCUGGGGAUGCCGACAAGAUCCUGCCCACCGACAACCUCCCGAAGGGCAGCCGGGCCCACAUCACCCUGGGCUGUGCCAACGGCGUCGAGGCCGUGCAGACCGGGCUGGAUCUGCUGGAGUUCGUGAAGCUGGAGAAGGCAGGGAACAAAGGGGAUGAAGUGGGGGAGAUUGGAGGAGGGAAACUGCUGUAUUUUGAUAACGGGAUGUGGAUGCUCACCCUCUCCAAAAAGAUCGAUGUGAAGGCCGUAUUCUCGGGUUACUACGGCAAAGGGAAACUCGUGCCCACGCAGAGCACCAACAAACGGGGCUCUGCUUUUAGCUCCUGCACCAUCAUCUAGGAGCGUGGGGAGGGCUCCUCGUCUGCUUGGGUUUAAAAGGCAAGUAACUCCUGUAACCUUUAAACGUGGAAAGAGAAAUAAUUCGACCUUUACUAAAGCCCUUUUGCCAGCCCCUGGGUGAAGCCUCUCUGGGGAGAGGUGACCGGCCUCAAAACAAGGACGAAAACAAGCACCAAAGCAAAGCUGCCCCAUACCCACUGCCAGCGGCUGAGCGCUGCGGAGGGUGUUGAACACGAGGGUGCUCUGCUUGUUUUCUUCCUCGGAGGAAGAGCCCCUAUGGUCUCUUGUAACGUCCCCAUGAACCACAAUCGUUUGAUCCUUACCUGGCAGCACCCCACAGCCUGCACACAUGGGGCUGAUGCCAAGCGACACAACUGCCCCGUGGCUCCCCUUCUGCAUCCCAGGGCCCAACCCCGCUCACUCCGGUACCCAAGCUCCUGGGUACAACCCUGCAAGACCCUGCAGGUCCCUUCUUGUGGCAGUUACUGAGCCCAGCCUGCAGGAGGGGGCACAUGGGGGGGCCCAGGGUGUCCCCCAUUACCCCAGGGGGGCCACCAGCCAUGCUCUGCCCAGCUCCUGUCUGUGUCCCUGCCUCCUUCACUGCAGGGGAGGGAUGCGCUGGUGAGCAGACCAGGAAAGGACUGUGGCAGAUGGUGUCUUAAAGGCCACUGUGAUGGAGUGAAAGGGAAGCACCAGGAGAGGGGUUCAGAUCCUGCAGCUUCCCUUCACCCAUUGGAGCGGGUGGGAGCAAGCACUGUCCCUGUCCUUAUCCUGUAGGGAACAAUCCUGCCUUGGCAGGGAGUGGAGGAGAUGAACUCAAGUCUUUUCCAUCUUAUUGGAUAGAAACUAAAAUCGUGUCUGAAGUACAGCCGAGUACUUCAUGCAGGUUUGCCUACUUUUCUCUAAUGCACUUGAAUGUUAAGAGGUAGGAUGGCAGUAACAUCAUAAUCUAGGACGUAAGCGGAGGCAUCGUAACUGCGUAACUCAAGUCUGCUCAAACCUAAACCGUUGGCUGGAAGCACAGAAGUUAAUGGUCAAACACUCCUGUUCUUAAGCCUCUUCUAAGGGAGCUUCUGGUUUUGCUCUUAGCCAGGCCCUUUGCCAGUCGGCGGAUACAGGGUCACUAACACAAAGCACAACUAACGGCUCCAGGUCAGGCCACCAGUCUAACCUCACACUAUGGCUCCGUGAAUGGUGUAGUGGAACUAACCCUGUGUUAACCCCUGUAAAUACUCACUGUUUGACAAGCACGUGCUGGGCUGCGGCUCAGGGGGCACCGAGGCUGUUCCUUGGGAGCCCAAUGCUGCCGGGCAGGAGGUUCCUCCUCUCCAGGUUGAACACGGAGCGAGGGCUGCAGGGCUGGGCAAUGCUUGGCUGCUUUCCUGGGAAUGCCAACGGGUUCCUGCUGCUUCAAAGAGAGGGAUGAGGAUAAACUCUCCUUGUCACGUAAAGGAUGGUACAGAAACACCCCAGCGCGCCCGCCCCCCCCUCGCCUGCAGCAGGGACCCUGCACUGCAGUGAGGGCCCCAUCUCCAGCCUGGGCCUUCCCACCAGGAAUCCCCCUAUGGAUCUGUUCCAUCGGAACGUGAUGAAGGCCUUUCCCACACUGACCCCUCCUCCCCCAGGGCCCAGCACCACUGCACAGCUGGGGAAUCUCUCUGCCUGUUCAAGAACAACAGCGCGACUGUCGUCGGUUCAGGUUUUAUUAGUUUGUACAUCAUAUACAGUUUAUAAUAAAGUAAACCGAUUGCAUCUGG